AUGCUCAAUCCCAACAGGGCGGUGGCGCCCCUGGGCAACCCCCGCCGGCGACGCCGCCCCGCCCGGGGGCCCCACGCGCUGGGGGCCGCUUCGCGUGCGCUCGCCUGCGCCCUGGGCACCACCGCCCGCCGGCUCGAACAUUGGGCCUUGGGGGCGAUCGUGCGCGCAUCCCCCUCCCCCUUCGACGAGCUCCUAGUGUCGGGGCGCCCAUCAGCGGGUCAGGAUCGCGUCGCCCUGCGCCCGGUGGGCUUCGCCAGCAUCUCAUCGGGCCUUCGCCCGGCGUCCUCCGCCGGGGAUGAUGCAGGCGGGGCUGAUGGCAGCGGGGUGGCCAUGCCACGGCGGGCGGAUCCCGAGGAGCGCAUUCUGGUGAGCGAGGUGGAGGUGGUGGGGCUGGACGGCGCGCUGAAGGCCAUCGCUGAGGGCGCCCUGGUGACCAAGCCCAACUUCGCGUACACUCUCGCGGAGAUCCAGGAGGACCUCAACCGCGUGUUCGCGACGGGCUACUUCCAGGAGAUACGGCCAGAGCCGGAGGACACGCGCGACGGCGUGAAGCUGAGCCUGAUCGUCAAGGCCAACCCGGAGCUGAAGAGCAUCGUGUCGACAGGGGGGGACGUGCUGCCGCAGGUGGUGUUCGAGGACGCAUUCAGGGGGCUGCAUGGCCGCACUCUGAAUUUUAACACCUUCGGCGACGCGGUGAGGAAGAUCGUGGGCUGGUACGAGGACGCCGGCGUCCUGGGCCAGGUGAUGGACGUGUCAUUUACUGAAGGGCAAGCCAAUGUGCAGUUCGCAGAGGCCACUGUUGGGCGGGUAGAUCUCCGCUUUCUGGAUGCCAAAACCGGCGACAUCAAGGACGAUGGGUCUGUGCGAUCUGAAGUGGUUCUGCGACAGAUGGCCACCCGCGAUGGUUCUGUCUACAACAUGAGGCAGGGCAAGCGUGAUGUCGAGGCCAUAUAUUCCACCGGGCUUUUUGACGAUGUCAACAUCACCCCCCAAUCGUCCCCUGGAAUGGAUCCGCAGCGGCCCAAGGUGGACCUUGUUGUGAAUCUGAGGGAGAGGAAGACAGGCGGGAUGACCUGCGGUGCGGGUGUGUCAGGGCAGUCACACACAGAAGGUGCCCUGCCAGGAUUCAUUGGCAACAUCUCUUACAACCAGAAGAACCUGUUCUCUCUGGGACAGAGGCUGACAGCAUCGAUGGAGUUUGGGCAGAUUGACAAAUUGUUCAAGCUACAGCACACUGACCCAUGGAUAUUGGGGGAUAGGUACCGCACAUCCAGGACGAUGGGGAUGAUGAACACCCGAACGUCAGGCAACCCGAUCUACGGGCACGGGGAGAGUGCAGCGAGGGGGAGUGGUGUGGAGUGGGGCAACACCAUCAUCGGAAGGUUGAUCGGCACUUGCGAAUUUAGCCGGCCGCUUCCGGUCGGGUGGAGUGCCACAGUGGGCGUCUCGGCCCAGAGGGUCACGCUGAUGGAUGACAACAACAGGGCAGUGAGGCAAGACUUUGCCGAGGCGCCUGUAAACUGUAGCGGGGACUACCACGACCACAUGGUGGCAGGCUUUGUGCGGGCAGCCUUUGGUGGACUGGACAACACGCAGCUGGUGGUGUCAGCAGAGAAGGCGAUCAACAUUCGGCCAGAUUGGCUGAACAUAAGCAAGUUGCAGGCACGUGCUGAGAAGCUGGUGUCCUUGGGCCCAGUCUCCCUGAUGGCCUAUGGUAAGGGCGGAAUGGUCUUGGGGAACUUGCCGCCAUAUGAAGCAUUCCCGCUGGGCGGGACGAAUUCUGUGCGGGGCUACGUAGAAGGGGGCGUCGGGACGGCUCGACACUACCUUGAGGGCACUGCCGAGCUUCACGUCCCGCUUGUGUCAAACAUCCAGGGGACCCUUUUUGCCGAUUAUGGCACCGACCUGAAGAGUGGGCCAACAGUCAUUGGCAACCCAGCCAACAACAGGGGAAAGCCAGGCAAGGGAUACGGGUAUGGUGUUGGCUUCCGCGUGGACUCCCCGGUGGGGCCAUUGAGACUAGAGUGGGCAUGGAACCAAGAGAGGAACAGGAGAUUCCAUGUGGGCUUGGGCUUUCAUGGAUGA